AUGGCACUUCUUGUCGCCGUCGUCUCUGUCUCGGUGGUCGACUCGGUGCUCUUGGGAUACGACAGCUCGAUCAUGGGCAGUCUCAACGUGAUGCCAACAUACCAGAACUACUUCACUCUGACAACGGCCACCAAGUCGUUGAAUACCGCCAUUUCCUACGUUGGAGGAUCAUGCUCCGCCCUUAUUGCUGGCUUUGUCGUGGCCUGGAUCGGGAGAUGGAAAAGCAUCAUGCUUUCUUGCGUUCUCACUCUGAUUGGCGCCGUCAUUCAAGCCGCGGCUCAGAACAUUGGCAUGUUUAUUGCUGGGAGGUUCAUUGUUGGCUUCGGACUGGGCUUUGCUCAAACAGCGUGUCCUACGUACGUGGCGGAGACUGCGCCUCCAAAGCACCGCGCCGUGGCAUUGGGUCUGUACUAUGCUUGCUGGGGGGUCGGCACCCUUGUUGCCUCAGGCGUUUGUUACUCGACGCAACACUAUUCAUCGACAUGGGCUUGGAGAACACCCAGCUUGGUUCAGAUAAUCCCUAGCAUCCUUUGCAUGCUUGUCCUACUCUUUCUCCCAGAAUCGCCUCGAUUUCUCAUUGACCGUGAUCGGCAUGAUGAGGCCCUGGAGGUCCUGGCGGCACUCAACGCCAACGGUGACAAGGAUUCUCCGGUCGUGCUGGUGCAGUACCGAGAGAUAACUGACACAAUUGCUUGGGAGAAGAGCCAGCAACUGUCCUGGCGUCAAGCUUUCAGCACCAAAGCAAACCGGAAACGUAUCAUCAUCACCGCUACAUUUUCCAUUAUCGUUAUGCUGCCUGGAACCAAUAUUAUCACCUUCUACUUCGGCGAUAUGCUGGCUGGAAUCAGUGAUCCGACCACACAGCUCGAAAUCAACAUCAUCUUGACUUCGUGGACCUUGGUCAUCUCACUGGCAGGUGCCUGGUUCGCCGAUUCUUUAGGCAGAAAAACACUCUGCGUAAUCAGCCUUGCAGGCCAGGUUGUGACUUUUUACAUUCUCGCCGGGCUCACCGCGAUAUAUGGAGAAUCGACAAACAAGUCAGGAAUCUACGGCACCAUAGCGAUGAUAUUCCUCUACAACGCAGCGUAUGCAUACGGAAUUACUCCGCUCACAGUGCUCUACCCGCCUGAAGUACUCUCAUACUCUCUAAGAUCAGUGGGCAUGGGAUUGUAUACUCUGACCACAAAGCUUUCGGGCCUGCUGGUGACGAUGGCCUUUCCAUUUGCCCUGGACGCUAUUGGAUGGAAGACCUACAUUAUCAACGCAAGUGCGGAUAUUGUGAUGUUGGUCGGUGUUAUCUGGUAUUGGGUCGAGACCAGAGGCCUCACGCUCGAAGAGGUGGACAAGGUGUUCGACGGGGUCAAGCAUUCCGACGUCCCUGAUCUAAAGGCAGUUACGGAAGGAGAGGUCGAGGUCGGAUCGGAGUUGUUGAAGACGGUAAGGAGCAAUGUGGAAAACCAGGAAGUUGUGGUAACGACGGCAAAAUAA